ACAUUUGAAAUCCCAGGACAGACCAAUAACAGAGCAAUAUAUAUUGAGGAUACACAACAGAAAUAUAGAUAGAUAGAAAAAUGGGUGCAGUAAAGAUCUGGAACGCCAUGGAAAUUGCUGAGGUUGCUGGAGAGAGCUCCAACUCCGAGAUUCCUCAUUCUUCUCUCACCGUUGAUCAUACUCUUUCUCUCUCCGAUAUGAAACCUCGCAUCGUAGAGCUAUACAAGGAUCUUUUCAAAAACUGGUCAAACAAAGACGAGUCAGAUUUCUCUAUAGAGACGGUGUCCGGUGGCAUAACAAAUCUCUUGCUAAAGGUAUCUGUUAAAGAAGAUAGUGGAAACACAAUCAAGAUGACACUCAGAUUGUAUGGCCCAAAUACUGAAUAUGUUAUAAACCGGGAACGUGAGCUGCAGGCCAUCCAGUACCUCUCAGCUGCAGGAUUUGGUGCCAAGUUGCUUGGAGUCUUUGGAAAUGGCAUGGUCCAGUCAUUUAUACAUGCUCGUACCUUGGUCCCCUUAGACAUGAGAAAGCCAGACCUAGCUGCAAAAAUUGCAAAGCAACUUCGUAAAUUUCACCAGGUGGAAGUUCCUGGUUCUAAAGAACCUCAGUUGUGGAAUGACAUCUUUAAAUUUUUCAAGCAAGCAUCAAAUCUUAAAUUUGUUGAUAAUGAAAAGUGUAAAAAGUAUGAGACUGUAGACUUUAAAGAAAUACAUGCCGAACUUGUUAAGCUCAAGGAUUUGACAGGUCGUCUUGAUGCUCCUGUCGUGUUUGCUCACAAUGACCUGCUUUCGGGGAAUUUGAUGCUUAAUGAUGAUGAAGGAAAACUCUAUUUCAUUGAUUUUGAAUACGGAUCAUACAGUUACAGAGGUUUCGACAUUGGAAAUCACUUCAAUGAAUAUGCUGGUUAUGACUGUGACUACAGCUUGUACCCAAACAGGGAUGAGCAAUAUCAUUUUUUCAAGCAUUAUUUAAAACCCGACAAACCCCAAGAGGUAUCAGAAAAGGAUCUGGAAGAGUUAUACGUUGAGACAAAUUGCUACAUGCUAGCUUCGCACAUGUACUGGGCUCUGUGGGCAUUGAUCCAGGCGAGGAUGUCUCCAAUUGAUUUUGAUUAUCUUGGUUAUUUCUUUCUGCGGUAUGAUGAAUUCAAAAGGCAAAAGGAGAAGUGCUUAUCACUGGCAGAGUCUUACCUCACGAAAUAUGGAGCUGGGUAAAACUGAACUUAAAAAAGCUAAGGAUGUUUGUUUGUAGAGGGCCUUAGAUUGCCCCUAGCAACGAUUCAUUUGUAUAAUUAAACCCAGUACAAUUAUUUAGGUGGUUCUAAAAUUUGUAUAUUCUGUUCAUUUAUCUGUUGAUUAGUAAGAGCUUGCGACAUUUGUCAAUUUUUAUCCUACUUUAUUUGUUUCUUCAA